AUGCCGCGCCUACGCGUCGAACCCGUCACUUGCAAGCCCUCUGGCAAGGGCAGCGAUCCCCAUCAUGUACCAAACUUUCCCACCAUUCAAGGAGAUCCUGGCUUUCUUGAACCCUUUACCCAGUUUCCAAAGUCAGUCACCUAUGCAAGCAUGCAGACACCCGGGUUUCUUCAAGUGCCUGACCUCAUUGUCCUCCUCCUGGAAAGAAUGGAUAAGUUCGUUCCUCCACUGCCUAAUCUCUUUAAUGGCUACACCGCGGACCUCCUAAAUGAGAGUGAGGUCCUAUUGAGCGCCCUCAUCCACGGAGGCGAUUUCCAUGCGGCCUUUAUUGGGCGCGAGCUGGAUGAGGCUUCACCCACGCAACUCUGCAUCCUUCUACAGCUCUUCCUUCUGCGGCUGGAGUACCCGCCACUUUUGGCUUCCGAAGAGUUGUGUGGACUGCUUUCGCAGGAGGAUUUCCCUGUCACUCCUAUAGUAGGCGUUUGCAACCCUGUCACCUAUGAUUUUGUUGCCAAAGAGCUAAAAGCCAGUUUGGUAGGUUCGCUAGUCGCACAGAAUGCCACCUAUGCCUUCAUCAUGGAACGGUUUCAGCGUUGGUGCCAGAAAGAACUGGCUUUUCGUCUGGCCGGUGGUGGUUCCAGCUUGGAGAGUGCGGAGGUGUACAAACAGGCAGUGGAUUUUCUUGCCCGUCUCUUCUCCAACAGUCUCAUUGGUAUAAAUAACUACUACCUGGCAGCCAAUAGGAUGCGAACCUGUUGUCAUAUUUCGGCGCCGGAUAUGAAGCAGAAGAUUGUUCGCCUGUGUUUAGGCUUCAUACCAUCACGCUUUUGGCACGAUAUAUCUCUUCACGGUAUCAUUCAGCCUCCUCUGCCCGGAUCACAGACGGCCCUCUGGCCACCCGAAAAGGCAGCAAGCGCGCCAAAAUACAUGUCCGUUGACCCGUCAGAUUACGUUUGA